AUGAAGAAUAAGAAGAACGAGCUAUGGAAACUCGAUCUCCUAGAGGUCAAAUUCAAAAAGGCCAGUCCCCGGUUCCCAAAUACGAAAAAGUUGCUCAAUGCGAAGAACAACUCUCAGCUUCUCAAGAAGCUUCCCAGAUCCCAUGACGAAGCUUCCAAGCAGAUUCUAGCAUUGAAAUCAGAUCUUUUCGAGAAAAAGUUCCAUGGAUCUUACAAGAAGUUGCUUCGUGAAGUUCAAAGAAGAUUCAAGCAGGACCAGAGGUCAUGGACCGAUGCCCAGAAGUCAUUAGGUGAGUUUUUCAACAACGAGAAGAAGGUUGAAUUGCUCCUCCAGUCAAGAUUGAUUAAGCUGGUGACCCUGGCCAUUCUCACCACAAAGGAGUUGAAGAUCUCGCCACCAGAUUAUUUUCCAGACCACUUGAAGACUCUAAUAACGGAUAAGAAGAACCCAGCAAACCCAUCGCACUUCUUCAUCACUUACUGUCAGAAUGACAAAGCUCUCAAUGGAUACAUAUCGAAGUUGUGGAAUGCCAAAGAGAUCAAAACCCUUCUUGGAGAGAUCGACUGGUCCUUCAGAAAGAUUAGAGGUGACUUGUCUGAGGCCGAGAAGGAUGCUCGUGCAAAGGCUACUGGCACGAAGGUGAAGAGUGUGAUGAAUGAAGACAACGACGAAGAAGAGAGCGAAGACAGCGAUGAUGAGAGUGGUAGUGAGGAAGAAGGACAUGAAGCAAUGGAUGCAGAGGAAGCGUUUGAUAAGUUUGCUGGGUUCGAUAGUAUGGUUGGAGACUCUGACGAAGAGCAAGAGUUUGUUGCUGAUCCAAACGUCAACUACAACGAAAUCACCGAUGAAGAGGCAUCGGACAGCGAACAAUCUGAAUCAGAGAGCGAAGAUGAUUUCUUUGAAGGCGUUGAGAAGGAGUCUAAGACAACAAAAGUUACCUAUAAACUACCAGAGUUAGCUACCGGAUACUUUUCUGGAGGUUCAGAUGACGAGGAAGAUGUGGACAACGAUAAGGUGGUCAAGGCUGCCACAACCACCAGGAAAAAUAGGAGGGGCCAGCGUGCAAGACAGAAGAUCUGGGAACAGAAAUACGGAAGUGGAGCCAACCACGUCAAGAAGGAAAGAGACAGAGUGGCCAGUGAAAGAGAACAGAGACAGCAAGAGUACGAAGAGAGACAGCGCAAGAGAGAACUUAAGGCCGCACAGGGUUCGGGUGCUAAUGGUGUUCCUCUUGGCACCGGUAAGUCUCUGUCUGCUCCAGCUACGGCAGCAGUGCAUCCAUCUUGGGAGGCCAAGAAGAGGGCAGAGGAGAAAUUGAAGAAUGUCAAGUUCGAGGGUAAGAAAAUCACCUUCGACUAG